AUGGACCCAUUCAGAGGCGAAGAGGUAAAUUACUCUGAUGCGAAGUUUUACGGUCCACCUGGUCUCUUAUUCACACAACCACCAAAGGGUGAUAAGGAGAAAGAAACAACUAUCGAUGCAGGAAAAUCACAAAAGGUAGAAGCACCCAAAUCGCCAAGGGUAAUUCGAGUGAAGCUGACACCUCGAGGUGUGACAUCCCCAAAAGUUGAAGAAGUCCCGACUGCAAAGGCUCCCAAGCCAAAGAUAAUUGUCAAGACUUUAAAAAAAGGAGCCUGGUGA